CCCACGAAGAAGAAGUGGUGGCGCAACACAGUUUAGCUAGACAGCAGCGCUCAUCCAGGAUAACGCCACAACUUAGCUUCAUUUACUGUUCACCCUGGUUUUUCUUAUGACAUCCUUCAAAUCUGGCGCACUAUGUUUGAGGAUCCUGAACUCCAAGAUCCAUUGUCACUGAGCUUAAAUGAAAACUAUGAUGACCAGAAUUUGCCACAUGAUGUUUCAAAAAAAGCACCAGCGAGUCCCGACUAUAAUUGUGAGACACCAGAGAUUCAAGUAAUCAUCAAAGAGGAAGAGGAAGGCUGGACUGUGAGUGAAAAUCAUGAGCACUUUAGCUCAGAGGAGGAGAAAGAGGAUACCUCCACACCCACUUGCUAUCCCCACCUCAGAGCGUACGGGAAGGACAGCUCCAUUUCACACGGAGUAAAGAGACACGACAGAGUAUGCUUAGAGGAGUCUGGUGGUGCGACUCUCUACGGGCAGAGCUCCACUGCCAGAGAGGGACUGCAGAGACACAUGAUAAUGGACCCUGAUGAGAAACCUAAGAUUUCCUUUAUAUGUGGAAAAACAGCGGGAAAUGUGACUGUGUAUCAGUGCAAUAACACAGUAUGUGAGAUGACCCCCAGUCACACAAAGAACACGAAGUCCCAUCAGAGUACAUAUGUAGCGGAUGAGUGUUGUGCUCAAGACCAGAGCACUGACGUCAAACAAAGCACAUCUCUGCCAACAGAAGCAGAACUACAUGAGACCAAAAGAUCAGCACCUUGCCAAACAGAUUCUCCUGAACGAAAGCCCCUGAUGCCACAUGGACUGAAGAUGGCAUCUGCAAACUUAGAGGACCAAACGCUCCAUUUGACAGUCAGACUGCAGGCAGGGGAGGAGGAGGAACAGGAGGAGGAACCGGAGGAGGAACAAGAUGAAGAAAUUGGUGGUUUAAUCAACUCUGAUGGAGAAGUGGUUGAGUGGGAUGCCAGAGACAGUCCUGACCGAGGCUCUGAUUGCACAGAAAGUCCUCAGCCUAGCAAGGUUGUCAUCCUGUCCGAGUCUCAGCUGCAAGGCCAAAACCAGAGAGGAAGCAGCUGUCCAACGCUCAUCAUGGAAGUUGAAGAUGAUGAAAGGGAAGAAAGCGAGGAAAAAGAGAGUGUAGCAAAGAUGCCAGCCGUCUCAUCCGUAUAUCGUGGAAAGAGACACAGAAGAAAGAAAAAGGCUCCAGAUAUAAAGGUGGUGUCGGUGGACGUCUCAGACACAGAGAAAGAAGUCCCUUCACAUCCUGUAAAACGAAGGGGCAGAAGAAAGAAAUCAGAAGUUCCACUGUUGUCCAGUGAAGACUUAGAGGCAGAGCCUGGAAUAUCAAGGCGAACCCGAAGAAAGACACAGUUCCCCACCAUAGUAGAACCAGAAGAAGUCAGCUUAAAAACUGCCCGUCGUGCUGCUCCUAAGGCUGCAAAGCGACCUUACAGAAGGAGGAAAGAUAUCAAACCAACUGCUGAAGGAGAGGGAGAAAACACAGGUGUUUCUGCUGGGAAGAAGCGCCCUGGCAGAAAAAUGGUUCGUGUUCCAAUAGAAAUCCCUCCGGAGCUCCUGAAGACGCCCAAAGAGAAGAUAGAGUACCACUGCGCAGUGUGUGGCAAAGAAUUCCCCCACGCCUACAAACUGGAGAGGCACCAGCUGAUCCACACGGGAGAGAAACCGUACUGCUGCUCCAUCUGUGGUCGUGGUUUCAACCAGAAGGGAAAUCUCAAAACACAUUACAAAGUCCAUUUUGGUCGUAAAAGCACGGUGGAGUUUGAGGAUGAGGUUGAUCCCAUAGCGUCAGAACUCUGCGAAUACUUGAAGUCUCUACCGGGGGAGUCCAGGAUCCGAUCAUCCCUCCACUGCCUGGAAUGUGGAAAAAAGUGUGAUAGUCAAUCAGCUUUACAAGCACACCACAUUACUACACACUCAGAAACAGCUGGUGAAUCGGAGGUAGUUGAGCAGAGCUCAUCACAGCUUCUGUUCUGCCGCCGCUGUGGCAUUCAGUUCAACGAAAAAGAAAAGUUGGAAGAGCACAUGAAAACCCACGUUAAGGAGAAGCCCUACUCGUGUCCCGACUGUGGCAAGAGGUUCAUCAAUGAGAGCUACAUACAAGUUCACCAGCGCAUCCAUACUGGGGAGAAACCGUUCCUCUGCUCCCAGUGCGGCAGAGGUUUCCACACGGCUUCCUCUCUCAAGCUACAUGAGAUGCAGCACUCUGGGGAGAGACCGUUCGCAUGCUCCAUCUGCGGGAAGACGUUUCGGAUAAACUCGUACCUGACAGCACAUUACCAGACCCACAUUAAAGACAGACCUUUCAUCUGUAGCGUCUGUGGGAAAGGCUACUCUAGAGCGGAGGAGCUGAAGGUACACCACAGGCUUCACACCGGAGAGAGACCCUACGAAUGCGGAGUGUGUGGGAAGAGCUUCAUUUACCGCCAGGGUCUGCGGCAGCAUCAGCGCACACAUGCUGGAAGACGCAUUGGGCCAACCAGACAGCUCGGUAGACCGAAGCAGGAGGGCAGGCUGGACAUGGGCUUCAACAACCGUAAGACAACUCACAGUGCCAAACCCAUCGGGCCCACCAGGCAGCUGGGCAGACCCAGACAGCUGCAGAGUACCAGGAACUUUGAGCAGGCCAAAGAGAGCGCUGCCAGAUUCAGAUGGUACGACUACGGACCAGAUGUGAUCCUCAUUGAAGAUGAUGAGCAAGAAAUCGGAUGCCUGAUCAACUCUGAUGGAGAAGAAGUGGAUUACCCAGCUCACAAAGAAACUGGAAGAGAGCCAGAACCUGAACACAGCAGCUCCUAUGAAGAGCCUCAGUCAGAGCCUGAGCCCGAGGAGCCGAAACAAGACCAGGCACCUCGCAGACCCAAGAAGAAAUAUGAAUGUCUGGCCUGUGGAAAGAUGGACCCUGAAAACUCAGAGGACUUUGGACCGGACGUGAUCCUCAUCGAGGAUGAUGAACAAGAAAUCGGAGGCCUGAUCAACUCUGAUGGAGAAGAAGUGGAUUUCCCAGAUCUCAAAGAACCAGUUAGUGAGCCAGAACCUGAACAGAGCAGCUCCCAUGAAGAGCGUCAGCAAAAGCCAGAGGAGCCAAAACAAGACAGAGGGGCUCGCAGAGCCAAGAAGAAAUACGAAUGUCCGACCUGUGGAAGAUUUUUCCCUCACAACACCGCUCUGCAGCGACACCUAGUGGUUCACUCGGGAAAAAGACCUGAGCUCGCUGAUGAUGCCGGAAGUAGUCGGAUAACUGCUUGCCGGAGUCUGACGGCGUAUAACGGUUAUGGAGAGAUGGACCCUGAAAACUCAGAGGACUCGGGAUCAGAUGUGAUCCCUGAGGAGGAGGAGGAGGAGGAAGAGGAGGAGGAAGAAACGCACGAAAUUGGAGGCUUGAUCAACUCUGAUGGAGAAGUGGAUUUCCCAGAUCUCAAAGAAACUGUUAGUGAGCCAGUACCUGAACACUGCAUCCCUUAUGAAGAGCCCCAGGAAGAGUCUGCGGAGCGAAAACAAGACCAGGGACCUCGCAGACCCAAAAAGAAAUACGAAUGUCCGACCUGUGGAAGAUUUUUCCCUAACAACGCCUCUCUGCAGCGACACCUUGUGAUUCACUCAGGGAAAAAACCUUUCAAGUGCUUCAUAUGUGGAAGAGGAUUCACUCAGAGUGGGAACCUCAAAACACACAUGAAAGUUCACAGAGGAGAGCUAACAAAUUGGACACUGGUUCAGGAGAAGAGUCCUCCUAAAGAAACUCCUGUGGUUCAUGUGUGUGGAGAGUGUGGGAUGGACUUCCCUCAGAAACAGCAGCUGGAGGAACACCGCCAGAGUCACAUAAAGCCUUUCGCGUGCACCGACUGUGACAAAAGAUUCAAAAACGAAUACUCUUUCAAACAACAUAAGCGAGUUCACUCAGGAGAGUCCUUGUUCAUCUGUUCGGAGUGCGGAAAGAGUUUUGGUUCAGUGGGUUCAUUUAAAAAACACCAGCUGACGCACACCGGAGAGAGGAACUUCCACUGUGGUCAGUGCGGGAAGACGUUUGCACAUUCCUAUAACCUGAACCUGCACCUCGAGACUCACACCGGAGCGCGGCCUCACCUCUGCUCCAUCUGUGGUAAAAGUUACUCCAGAGCAUUUGUCCUGAAAGCUCACCUGCGAGUUCACACUGGAGAGAAACCGUACACUUGUGAGAAAUGUGGCAAGGGCUUCUCUUACUGUCAAGGGUAUCGAGCGCAUCUGAAGAUUCAUGACAAGAAGCCGAAACCUCCAACAAAAACACUCGGGAGACCAAAACAACAGCUGAUGGGCUCUGAAAACCCAGAAGACUUUGGACCAGCUGUGAGCCUCGCUGAGGAAGAUCAGCAAGAAAUCGGCGGCUUGAUCAACUCUGAUGGAGAAGAAGUGGAUUUCUCAGAUCUCAGAGAGAGUGUUAUCCCUGGCAUCGUCCCUGCAGUCAUUCCCUCCAAGACAUUUCAUCAAGCUGAAAAUGAUAAACCCCCGUCCCUACACAGCUGCUCAGUGUGUGGGAAAGACUUCCCCUACGCCUCUAAACUUCAGCGUCACUUACGUACCCACUCAGGAGAGAGGCCUUUCCCCUGCUCGAUGUGUGAAAAGAGAUUUCCAGAAAAGGGGCUGCUCAUGAUCCACGAAAGGGUCCAUACUGGGGAGAAACCAUUCCCGUGCACUUUCUGUGAGAAAAGAUUUGCUAGUCAGGGGGAGCUCAGGCUGCACAGGCGGACACACACUGGCGAGAGGCCGUAUCACUGCUCCAUCUGUCUGAAGAGCUUUUCCCGACACUGGCAUCUGAAAACUCACUUGGAGGCGAUGCACUCUGAGGUUGUUGCGGGCUUCACGAGGAAGAAGUUUCCAUGUUCGGACUGUGAAAAGAGCUGUAACUCAGCAGCUGAGCUCAGAGAUCAUCAGAGGACUCACACCGGAGAGAGGCCGUACCAGUGCUCUUUCUGUGACAAGCGAUUUGCCUUGUCGGGUACACUUGUGAGACACGAGCGUCUCCACACCGGCAUUACACCCUACCACUGCUCAGACUGCGGGAAGACAUUUGCGCAGCAGUGGACGCUGACGACACACAUGCGAACUCACACAGGAGAAAAACCGUACAGCUGCACGCAGUGUGAUAAGUCUUUCGUGGCUCCAGGAGAGCUGCGGAGGCACACCAGGAUUCACACUGGAGAAAAGCCGUACACGUGCCCAGACUGUGGGAGGCACUUCUCACUGGCAGGAACUCUGAGGAACCACAAACGGUCGUGUACACAGAACAAGAAUGGACCAGUUACAGGCGUCGUCUCAGACCCAGUUCAAGCUGCAGUUGGCGAAUCAUCUCAGCAAGACAUGGUCAACAAUGUCAGCUCUGAGGUGUCUGACAGUCCGAGUUUGCAGAGUGCAGUUGAGCCUCAUUCCUCAGAAGGUCUCAACUGUGACAAAGCAGCUCAGUGUGAAAAUAAAGAGAAAGAACCAGAUGACCAACCAGAGGUCGUCGCAUCCAGUCCGCAAAUGAAUGUAAUAGUGAAAGAGGAGGAAGAAGAGGAACCUUUGUGUGAAGAAGCUCCUGACCAGCUGUCUGGUAGUGAGGAUUGUACCACACCAGAGGAAACUGAAAAGCAGCAGCAGGAAAGCAACACAGAAAUUAGGAUUACAGUAAAGGAGGAAGAAGAAGAGGAUCUUGUCAAUAUGUCUGAAGAGGAUCACGAUCGUGUGUCCGACAGUGAAAAAGACAGCCCUCUGGCUUCACCUGCGAAGGACCAGCUGAAUGACAAUCUGACAAAAAGCUCUUACUGCUGUGGGCUCUGUGGAAGAGACUGUCACAAGAUGUCUGCGCUUCAGAUCCACAUGCGAAUUCACUCGGGUGAGAAACCUUACCAAUGCACUCUGUGUGGGAAGCAGUUCACCCAGAAAGGUCAACUCAAAGGUCACUUGAAAGUCCACACGGGGGAGAAACCGUUCUCCUGCCCGGACUGCGGGAAGAGCUUCGCCCACUCGGGCGCCAUGAACAGACACCGGCUCACGCACACAGGAGAGCGACCCUACCACUGCUCUUUGUGCAACAGGAGCUUCAACCAGUCCGGACGCUUGAGGGAACACGAAAAAAUCCAUUUUGGAGAGAAGUAUGACUGUCCAGAGUGUGACAAGAGUUUCACACGAGCUUCGAGCCUCAAGAACCAUUUCAGGCUUCACACGGGAGAGAGGCCGUACGGCUGCGACAUCUGCGGGAGAGGCUUCAGCCGCUCACAAAGCCUGAGGCUCCACAGACGGAAACAUGAGCAGGGUCAGACUGAAGAUGACUCUGCUUUCAGUCUGAGGAACGAUGAUUUAUCACAGAGUGACGACAACUCUCCAAUUAAUAUGUGUAUAACAGACAAAAAUGACUGAUAAUGUAUUUAUAUAAAUGAUAGAGAUAUGUACCAGUAGUAGUAUUACAAUUCAAGAUUUUCAGGCAGUUAAACAUGAAUUGUAAGAGGGGAAAAGUAAGAGACUACCUCUGUGAAUAAACCGUCAUUAAACCUUUUAUGUGGUGGUUCACAAAAAUGUAUAAAAGCUACAAUAUUUAACACCCAGAGUGGUGCUGACAAAUUAAUAAACAGACGCGUCAGGCGAUGUUCAGCAACUAACAACAUUCUCAGACAAAAUGACCCAGCAAAUCUUUCCCACAAACACAACUUUUGUAAGAUCUUGGAAAAUGUUUAGAUGACAAAUUUUAGUGGUCAUAUUUAUUCGCGUUUAUCACUCUUACCUGUGUUAGUUGCAUUGAAAUUAUCGCACUCACAUUAGUAUUUAUGGUCGUACAAAUGAAUCAUUAAAGGUCUGUGAUUUCACAUUUUUCCAUGCAGUAUUUAUCAUUGAAACUAAUUGUGUAUGUGGAAAUUGGACUGAAGAAAUAUGAUGUUUUUGUAUCAGACGUUAAGAGGGCCAAUGAGCAGUCUGGGAAUCAGGUGAAGCUAAUUCAUUAGCUGGUGGUGAACUGCUGGAAUGUCAAAGAUGUUAUCGGUUAACGAAGCAGUGGGAUCAUCAUGAUAUUCAUCAGGUUCUUCUUGCCAAAACCAUUUUGCCUUUGUGGAAAUGUUUUUGUUAAAUGUCUGUUUUGAACAGCAGUUAUUCAACAACCAAAUAAUGAAUCAGACUCACCUGGUUUAGAAAACUCUUGAAGGCCAACUAACCAUUUUGAGUAAAGGUGUCAUUCUCUAAGGCUGUGAUAGAAAAGGUAAUAACUUGAAACUGUGUAGAUGGUAAAUUCUGCCCAGUGCUGCCUCUGUCUUAUUGUAUGGGACAUGUUAUACUGAAGAAUAAAAGUAUUAAAGACUA